AUGCAUUUCUCUUCGUUCAUUGCUCCCGUCUUUGCCCUUCUGGGCGCGGUGUCUGGUAACUCGCUCGCUGGUCGUGCGGCCCAGCUCACCCAGGUCAACAACUUUGGCGACAACCCUUCAGGCACUGGCAUGUACAUUUACGUGCCUACCAAGCUUGCUGCUAAGCCUCCGAUUAUCGUUGCCAUUCACUACUGCACUGGUACUGCUCAGGCUUACUACCAGGGCUCUCCCUAUGCCAAGCUUGCUGAUGAGAAGGGUUUCAUCGUCAUUUACCCUUCCUCUCCUCACGCUGGUACCUGCUGGGAUGUCUCUUCGCAGAAGUCUUUGAAGCACGGUGGUGGUGGUGACAGUAACGCCAUUGCUAACAUGGUCUCUUACACCCUCAAGAAGUACAACGCCGACCCCAAGAGAGUCUUCGUUACUGGCUCGAGCUCUGGUGCCAUGAUGACCAAUGUCAUGAGCGCUACCUAUCCUGAACUGUUUGCUGCCGCCACUGCUUACUCCGGAGUGCCCGCCGGAUGUUUCGUAUCCGCCUCCGGUGCUGUUGACGCCUGGAACUCGACCUGCGCCCAAGGAAACGUCGAUCAGUCCGCCGCUUACUGGACUAACGUCGUCAAGAACAUGUACCCUGGCUACAACGGUGCUCGUCCUCGUUUCCAGGUUUAUCACGGUAGCAUCGACACCACCCUCCGCCCCAACAACUACAGAGAGUCUGUCAAGGAGUGGACCGGUGUCUUCGGCUUCGAUGCCAACAAGCCCCAGACUGUCAAGAACAACUUCCCUGCCAACGGAUACACCACUGAUAUCUGGGGUGUUGAUUCUGCCAACCCUCUCGGCAAGGUUCAGGGUAUCUACGCUCUCAACGUUGGACACACUGUUCCCAUCAACGGUGCUCAAGACAUGGCUUGGUUCGGUCUCUAA